UUUUUUCGGAAAACAUAAAUCAUCUCUCAAGACGCCGAGAGCUCAGUUCGGCUCUCCUGGGGCGCCGCUGCAGCGGCGGGUUUCCAAAAUGGCGGAGGACUCCGGCGCCAUCCUCCGCCACAUCUCCUCCCUCAAGGACAUGCUCGACAAGGUCAAUGAGGAGAUUGAACAAAAUAUAGAAAGGACCAGGGAAAUAGAAUCAGAAAUAGUGAAACAUUCUGAAACAGAAAAAGACUAUAUUGACAAGGAGUCUGUGUUACUGAAAGAAGUAUCUGUUGCUGAGUUUGAACUCAAUGGCCUUAUCCAAGUGGCUGCUGCUGAAACAGAUUUACUGAAUGUGAUAGAGGGAAAUCUGAAGUUCCAGAAAGUUGCUCUCAAUGGGAUUCGGAAGACAUUGUCUGAUAAGAUGGAAAGGUUCAUCAACGAAUCUAUGGGGUUUCAAGCUAUUAUGGUCAAAGGUUCAAAUGAUGAUUUAGUUAUCUUACUGAAGGAAAAAGGUUUGCUGGAUGAUGAGAGUGAGAACCUGAAAACAAAGAUCAACACUAUACAUAGUUCAUCGAAGGAAUACAUUGCCGAGAUUCUUGAUGAAGUAAAUACAGAAAAUUCAGUUCUGGAGUCUGAGCUACGGUACAGGAUUUCUGAAUAUAAAGAUAUUCUGAAGGAUAUAAACAACCUGAAGGUUCUGUUUAGUUCAAGCAAUUCAUAGGACUGAUCCCUGUCACGGCAGGUAUAUUUGCUCUGGCCUGGCAAUUAACCUUCGAGCCGAGCCCAAAUUUGUUGUUUGAUUGUGAUUUUAAGUGUUGAUGAGGUAGCCCACCACGUCACGACAAAGCGACAUACGAGGUUGCUACUGACAUCUGGAUGAAGGGAAAAAAAAUGACAGAUUCUCCGAUAGCUUAAUACCAAUAAUAGUUUGUACUUUAUCCAUUCAUAGCAUAACUAUGUAUCUAGAUUUUCUAAAACGACAUACAAUUUGGAACAGACGGUGUACAAUCUUCUUUUCUAAGAAGAGAAACAUAAAACCAAAACAUUAUGAGCUUAAGUA